AUGGCAACAUUAAAACAGAAAAUAUCACUAGUAAUAGUGAUAUUGUCGGCAAUAAUAUGUAUUUCAGUGCCUUUUAUAAUGGGGAUUUCAAGUGUUAAAAUAUUUCACAGAAAGAAUAGCUCAAUUUUCAGGUCUGUGAAUGACACAGAAGGAGUAAAAUAUGACAUAACAUUUUCAUCGGAUAAACAAGUUUUUCCACUAUUUCCAACACUUCUCAACUCAAUAUACAGUAAUUUGGGUCUAGAAGAGUAUGCAAACGUGCAUAUAAUUGUAAUGCCAGAUGUAACACCAGAUGAAUAUUCCAAACUAUUAAAGCUGAAUGACAAUUUGGGAUUCUCUCACAAGUUAACUUUAAUGUUUUAUCCCUUCACUUAUAAGCUUAAUUACAAACAAACUCUAAAACAUGUUUCUGAAGCUACCAUGUGUAGACUUUUGUUACCAGAAAUUUUAGACCCAAGAAUUGAUAAGAUUUUAUAUGUAGACACUGAUGCAAUAAUAAAUCAUUCAUUAAGACAAUUAUUCAAGACAGAAAUAAAGAGUGAAUGUGGAAUAGUUGCAAGGUCUUCAACGAAUUCAAAUAUUAUUAAUGAAUGGUUGAAGAAAGAUGAUUUGAUUAAUUAUCUUCAAUACAAUGCAAAUAGGUCAUUUAAUGCUGGUGUAUUAUUACUUAGUUUAAACAAAUUGAGAAGGAAUCAUUUUGUAAAUAAUACUUUAUCUUUGGUUCAAAAAUGGGGAAUUAAUGAUCAAAUUGCUUUAAACUUUUAUUGUAAUGGUACUUAUGAUGAAUUACCUAUGGAUUAUAACUUUUGGGCAGGAAGAGAUGAUUGGAAAGAUUCUGUAAGACACAAGAUCGUACAUUUUGCAGGCCCUGAUAAACCUUGGAAAAUUAACUAUCAGCCAUAUGAAGAACAGUUGUUAUGGUAUAAGUACUUUUUAAGCUAUCCUCAAGGUGAAAAGAUGAUACCUCCAUUGAAGCCUACUUAUAUUUUUCUACUCAAAUACAAUAAUAACUUGAAUAAUGAAACUUUAGUAAUACCUGAGAUAAUAUUAAACAGCAAAAAAUGCAGAUACAUGAUACAUAUUCUUGCUAUUAAUUAUAAGGGAAAACAUAAAGAAAAUCUUGAAAAACAAAUAAAAAGUUACAUAAAAGAUGAUUUUUGGAUUACUUAUAAUUUCUUAAAUGAGCAAAGUGAUAAAUACAAAGAUCCAGACGAAUUAGUGACUCAAUAUGCAUUGUUUAAAACACCACAAAUACUACGUGAAUAUGUAGAAAGAACUUUUUUGGUUUUUGAUAAUAUUCCUAAUAGUCAGUAUUUGUGUAAAGCAGAAAGACCAUUGGAACCGGAGAGUACUACUACUACUCAAUCACAUAAAUAUAAUGAUAAUAUUUUUGGAAUGGAUCAUGGAUUGGAUCUGAGUUCGUUUAAUGGUUUUGAUAAUAAUUAUUCAUUUAAUCAACAAAUUGAAACUAGUGGUAUGACUACUACUAGUACCAGUACUACAUAUUCAAGUGUUGAUACUACUAAUUCAGAAACUAAUCAUAUUAAUAAUAGAGUAGUUGAUUUGUUUAAUCAAAUAUCUGGAAUUAAUAGUGAUAAAUUAUUUUGGUGUAUUGAAAUUUUAAAUCAUCAACUUUAUUAUUUAAAUUUACAGCUCUUAAGGCUAGAAAAAAAACGAAUAGAAAAAAUCAUUAAAAGCAACAAUAUUGAUCCUUGGGAAAUUUUUAAUUCUGAGUGUUACAAAAUUCCCACAUACAAUAAUGAUAAUAUUAAAUCUAUUCAACUUGAGCAAAUUGAAACAAUAGGUACAGAACCAGAAAAAGAAGAUAACUUUAAUAGUGAAAUCAACAAUAAUGAUAUUAUAAGUAAUAACGUUCAUAUUCAGAACAAGUUGUAUUUUUAA